CAGGAUGAGGAGGCAAAGAGUCUUGUUUAGUUGGGUACUGGGUCAAGGACAAGUAAGAGUUUCCAGGUAACAUCAAGAUGCCGUUGAUCAAAGAAACUAUACUCCAGAAUGAUCCCAGUGAAGCAGAGAGUGGCGUAAAUAAACCUGAAACACCAGAGCAGAACAAGGAUAACAAGAGUCUGUGUUUAGAUGACCACUCUCCUGUGAACCAACCUGAAGCACAUUUAGUCACAGGUAGAUCAGAAACUGAUGAAGUCUCUGAGCUAAGCACUGCUCAUGAAAUCGUCAUAAACCAAGACUUCUAUGUGGAAAAGAAUAUUUUAUCUCCAAACAGUUUGGAAGGCAGCUUCGUGGAGACAAUGUACAAUGCUUUUUGGGACCAUCUGAAAGAGCAGUUAUUGACAACUCCUCCGGAUUUCACCUGUGUUCUUGAGCUUCUAAAAGAAGUUAAGGAGAUCUUACUAUCACUGUUAUUACCACGCCAGAACCGUCUAAGAAAUGAGAUUGAAAAAGUUCUGGACAUGGAUUUCCUCAAGCAAGAAGCUAAGCAUGGGGCCCUGGAUGUCCCUUACCUGUCUAACUACAUCCUCCGUUUGAUGAACCUGCUCUGUGCACCAAUUCGAGAUGAAGCAGUGCAAAAACUAGACUGCAUAACAGAUCCAGUGCAGUUACUGAGGGGCAUCUUCCAUGUUCUGGGCUUGAUGAAAAUGGACAUGGCAAACUAUACUAUCCAGAGCCUUCGACCAUAUCUGCAGGAACAAUCUGUCCAGUAUGAACGAGCUAAAUUCCAGGAACUCCUUGACAAUCAGCCUAAUCUCCUUGAUUACACCAAAAAAUGGCUAACCAAGGCAGUCAGAGACCUCACCAAACCAUAUCCGAGUUCUCUUGACUCUCCCAGCACUUCUUCCAGCUUGGGCUGUUUAUCCACAAAUUAUGAAGUUGACAAUUCAGAACUCCCUACUCCCACAGUGGUACUAUACCAGGGAUAUCUGAACCUCCUUCUCUGGGAUAAUGAAAGUGAAGAAUUCCCUGAGACUCUACUGAUGGACAGAGUCAGGCUCCAGGAUAUAGAAGCCCAGUUGCAGCAGUUAACCAUUGUGGCAUCAGUCUUGCUAGUGGCCAGAAGUAUUUCUGGUAAAGUUUUAUUCAGCUUACCUGAAUUUUUGGAGAAACUGAAAUGCAUAACCAAGGCCCUGAUGAAGGACUUUAACUCCAAGCCUCAGGAGGUUAUGCUGAAUGUGAGUGAACAGGUAUAUCAGAAAAUCCAUCAAAGCCUCAAGAACAUGCGUCUCACUCCUCUGAGCAGAGAAAAUAUAGCAUCUCUUAAAGCCCAACUCCGGAAUAUCGCCAAGAAAGACAAUUGCAUUCGUACCAUUUUUGAUCAGCGAAUCCGUUUGUUUCUCAAGUGCUCUUUGAUUCACGGCAUGCAGGAGGCUCUGCUACACUUCCCUGGAGGCCUUCUUCGCAUCGAAGGGGAGUUGGCAGAACUUGGCUGGAAAUUUGUCAGCCUGAUGCGUCAUAAUCAGCGGGUGUUCAGCCCAUAUUACACUGAGAUCCUAAAACAUAUCAUCCCACCAGCUCAGGCACAAGAAACGAAAGUAAAGCCUAUUUGACAGUGCUAGACCCCAAUCAUGGCAACAGGAACCCAGGAGAGAGGGCUCAGUUUGCUCCUGGAUUGACAUCACAUCACCUGUGGCCAAUGCAGCAGCUAGCCCUCUGCUUCACAACAGCCAGGACACAAGGCUGUAGGGGUCAAACAUGUUAAAACUAACCAGCCUAACCCUCUUCCUAAUAAACUUCUGAGCUUC